AUGCUUGGUCUCCUUCAGCAUUUGUUUGAUGAGGUGUCUGUUCAGGUCUUGGUGUCUGGUGCUGUUUCUGAUGGUUUUUGGCCUGGUACUGGUGUGUUGCAGGGCUCCAUUUUGAGUCCUUUUCUUUACUCCGUGUACAUCAACUCUCUGCCUGCGGUGUUGCGUGCUCCAUUUAGCCCUCGGGUGGUGGAGCGUCCUCCUCGUUUGUAUAACGGUCUUUGGAUCAAUAGUUUGAUGUAUGCUGAUGAUGUGGUGCUAAUUGGAACUGCCGAGUCUAUGCCUUUGUUACUUGCUCGUGUGGAAGCUCAUUCUGUGUCUCUGGGUUAUCGGUGGAACCCUCUGAAAUCUGUCGUCCUCAAUGUUGGUGUUGGUGGUGGUGCUACUGGUGUCUCUCCUGGUCUUUGUGCUGGUGUUUCUCUGUUUCUCUAUGGUUAA